UGGGGAGGCGCUCUGGUCGCCGUCAGUGGGCAGCGGAGACGCGGCAUGCCCCUGGCAGGGGAGAGCGGGCUGUCCUCAGCGGGGCCAUGGGGACCCGCGCUGUGACAAUGCCUGGGUGAGAGAGGAUCAGCGCCAGCCACCCCGCCACCUCCACCAUCACCUCCUGCACUCAGCUCACCACCGGCCACCAGCCCCUGCCUCCUCCGACUGCCUCUCUCUCUCUCUCUCCCUCUUUCUCUCUCUCUCUCUCUCUCUCUCUCUCUCCAUUAUUGUUUUCCACUCUACAGACGAUGGGGUCGGCUUAUGAUUAGGUCGGGAGCAAGUCAGAUCUUCCUCCAAAGAUUGGUAAUAUUUAUGUAGGCAAAAAGAGAAAGGAGAAAGAGAGAGAGGGGGAGAGAGAGAGAGAGGGAGAGAGAGAGAGAGAGAGAGAGAGAGAGAACCGGGAGGAGGGGAUAAGGAAAUUAAACCCUUUAAGUCAAUGCAUAUUGUGGUGACACCGGCACAGGAGCCCUCACGGUGGAGUCGGCCAGGGCUGUGCGUUCCCAAAAUAUGACCAGGGGUGCUUGGAUGUGUCGGCAGUAUGACGACGGCUUAAAAAUCUGGUUGGCCGCACCCCGGGAGAACGAGAAACCGUUCAUCGAUUCAGAGAGGGCUCAGAAAUGGCGACUGUCUCUGGCAUCUCUCUUGUUUUUCACAGUCCUGCUCUCUGAUCACUUGUGGUUCUGCGCCGAGGCCAAGCUGACCCGGGCCCGGGACAAGGAGCAGCAGCAGCAGCAGCAACAUCAGCAGCAUCAGCAGCAGCAGCGACAGCAGCAGCAGCGGCAGCGGCAGCAGCAGCAGCAGCAGCAGCAGCGGCAGCGGCAGCAGGAGCCCUCCUGGCCCGCGCUCCUGGCGAGCAUGGGGGAGUCCUCGCCCGCCGCCCAGGCGCACAGACUCCUCUCCGCCUCCUCGUCCCCCACCCUGCCCCCCUCCCCGGGAGACGGCGGCGGCGGCAAGGGCGACCGAGGCAAAAACAACCGGAGCAAGGCUCUUUUUCUAGGAAACUCUGCCAAACCGCUGUGGCGCCUGGAGACUUGUUACCCCCAGGGCGCCUCUUCGGGCCAGUGCUUCACGGUGGAGAGCGCGGACGCCGUGUGCGCCAGGAACUGGAGUCGGGGGGUGGCGGCCGCGGGGGAGGAGCAGCAGGUGAGGGGGACGCAUCCAACUCCGCUCUGGAACUUGUCAGAUUUUUACCUUUCGUUUUGUAAUUCCUACACACUUUGGGAAUUGUUCUCGGGGUUAUCCAGUCCCAACACUUUGAACUGUAGUCUGGAUGUGGUGCUCAAGGAGGGCGGCGAGAUGGCCACUUGCCGGCAGUGCGUCGAGGCUUACCAAGACUACGACCACCACGCUCAGGAGAAAUACGAAGAGUUCGAGAGUGUGCUCCAUAAAUAUUUACAGUCGGAGGAGUACUCGGUGAAAUCCUGUCCUGAAGACUGUAAGAUUGUCUACAAAGCCUGGCUGUCCCAGUACUUUGAAGUCGCACAGUUUAACUGCAGAAAGACAAUUCCUUGCAAGCAAUACUUGGAGGUUCAGACGAGGUGUCCGUUCAUAUUGCCCGACAACGAUGAAGUCAUCUAUGGGGGACUGUCCAGUUUCAUCUGUACAGGGCUCUACGAAACCUUCCUAACCAAUGAUGAACCCGAAUGCUGUGAUGUCAGGAGAGAAGAGCGCCCCAGCAAGCCCUCCAGAGGGACGGUGGGGACCAGCGGCCCCUGUCACAGGACGUCACUCACAGUGUCAUCAGCAACCAGACUGUGCAACAGCAGACUCAAACUGUGUGUGCUCGUACUGAUUCUCCUGCACACAGUGCUCACGGCCUCCGCGGCGCAGAACAGCACGGCGCUGAGCGUAGGGGGCAUCAACGCGCUGGAAGACAGCUCGGCGCGCGAGGAGUAGCCGGGAGGGCCA